CCCUUUUCUCUUCAUGCAAUCGAAGCAAAAAGUUUCUCUACUUCUUCCUUUUAUUUAUCAAUUGUCCCUUUUUAGCUUGUAAUCAUCUUCAUGGCUGCCACGGUUUCUGCAUAUCUCUUCGUCUUUCUCGCGCUCUUCGGUAUGGUCGCAUCUGAUCCCGAUCUUCUUCAGGAUCUCUGUGUAGCCAACAAAGCUGCAGGAAUAAAGGUGAAUGGAUUUCCAUGCAAAGAUGAGGCAAAUGUUACGGAAGCUGAUUUCUUCUUUAGCGGUUUAGCCAAUCCUGGAGUUAUCAACAAUUCAGUAGGAUCAGUGGUGACAGGAGCCAAUGUUGAGAAAAUUCCCGGGCUUAACACCCUUGGAGUGUCACUUGCCCGCAUCGACUAUCAACCCGGUGGACUUAACCCACCCCACACUCACCCACGUGCCACAGAGAUCAUCUUUGCUCUUGAUGGUGAAUUGGAUGUUGGGUUCAUAACUACAUCAAACAAGUUGAUCUCCAAAUCCAUCAAGAAAGGCGACAUUUUCGUCUUCCCUAAGGGACUGGUACAUUUCCAGAAGAACAAUGGUGAGAAGCCAGCUUCUGUGCUUGCAGGGUUCAACAGCCAGCUGCCAGGAACUCAAUCGAUUGCCGCUACAUUGUUUACUUCAACACCCCCGGUGCCGGACAAUGUCUUGACCAAGGCCUUCCAAAUCGGCACCAAGGAAGUUGACAAAAUAAAGAAUAAGCUUGCCCCAAAGAAAAGCUAAGCUAAAUGAGGCAAAAUCAUUAAAUCCCGCUUCUACAUGCAUAACUUUCUAUGAAUAAUAUUCAGUUUUCAAUUUUCCAACUUUUAAGUAAAAAAUGAUCAAACCCAACGUUUUAUAAGUAAUAGUAAUUGGUGAUGAGUGUAGAUCUUUGUAAUUAUAAAUUCUCUGUUUCUUUGGAAUUGAAUAAAGAAAUUCAAGAACAAAAGGUUGU